AUGUGGCACGGUCCAAAUCACCGAAUCUGCACAUGUGUCCAGCUAGGAUGCGACAAACAAUUUUUUAAAAAGAAUGGCCAGAUCACUCCAGGCCGCCUUUUCCACCGAACCAACUACCCUAAUCAUCUGGAAGCGGCGAACCGUGCAGGCGUACCUGUGCCUCACACCACCUCCAACAACAUUUUACAAGCUACUCUGCCGCAUCCAUCUGGACAACUGACAUCCACCUCUCAGAGCCCCCCCCAUCCACCGCAACCCCGAGUGCAACCUGCCAAACGACCACGAGAUGACUACGAAUCUGAACUUGUGCAUGCCGAUAUGGAUCCUGACACUUCACGUCCCCCAAAAAACCCCCGAGUCUCCCCGCCUUUAAGUGAUAUCAUUCCAUCCUCAAGCACGGCCAUCAUUCAGCCAUCAAUAUCGUCAUUCAACACUACCAUCACCACUGCUGGUAGUGCACGACCCUUGUUAAUAUUUCCCACGGAACCUUUCUACAUUCCUCGAAGGAUGCUUCAACACACGUCAUGCAUCCAAUCAAUGUAUCACGUUAUUCACGAUUACAUUAAUCACAACCGAAGCAAUAAAUCCUGCCGAACCAUGCUCGAAAUGGAACGCUUCAAACUGAAGACAACAUUCACUGCUUCAAAUCCAAUGGAAUUAGAUGUCUUAACCGAGAUCCCUUCAACAAUCGAGAAAGCUUUGCGGUGCUUUCACUUGGAGGUACAUGUACAUGAACUAUUAUGCUGCCGGAUCGGAGAAGUAGGCAAGUCUUUACAAGGUGAAGAUGAUGCCCGUCUCCAGAAAGGCGAUUAUUCACAUAUUUAUGAACCUCCUCUUGUGGACGAAGAAAAUCUUGGAUCUACCACCAGCUCUAAACAUAUUGUUGGAAAGACGAUGAUUCAAAGGCACACUUUAAAGACGUUGUUCAACAACCUGUGUGACAACACCCCUCCUGAAUACGCCCAAAAGAUUGGUUUUGAUGCCCUCACAAGGACCAGCGGCGCUAAAUGGCAACCAACCACCCUGUCGACAGAGAUAAUUGGCGCUAUCCAGCCCCUUCUGAACAACCUAGGAUUGUCAGCACUUCCAAAAUUUGAGAAAACAUCUAUCUGGCGAAAUGCUGGAAAAACCUUUAGUACACUUCAAUGGCACGUAGGAAACAGUCGCGUUGAAUUUCAAGAUCGAGCUGGAACCUCAUUUGGCGAAAUCAUCCACAUCAUUCGCAUUAAAACUUAUCAUAACCCAAUCUUUGUAGUUCGACCGUUCACCGCCCUCACCCCAGGGGAUGAAUUAAAAAGCCCAUACUCUUCAUAUCCAUACUUGAAAGCUAGAGUGAUGUACCGUCAGACUCAACCUUUGCGCGGUUUAGCGCAUAGUGAUCUGUUUGGGCACGCUGCAUUGGUUGAGAACUCUGCCGGAGUUCUGGAAAUUACACAGCCCACAAUCUUUGUGCUCAGCCUACGAAGCUUAGGCAUCAUCGACAUGGCCUCAACAUUUUCAGACAGGGCUUCACCAGACAACCCAAGCUCUGAUGACAUGGAUACGUCCUGA